AAAGAGGCAAUCCUCACUACAAGAAAAUGAGUCUAUGGCAAGGGUUUGGUAGCAGGGGUUCAUGAAACCCUUGUUAAUGUUUCCUGAAACUCGCGUAGAUGCGGUAUAUAUCAGGGGUUGAGAAACCCUUGCUAGGGAUUAAGUAAUUAACCAACCAUUUCAUCUAGUUUUACUGUUUCUAUCUUUUCACGGGGCAAAAAAAAUUCCAAUCCCAAAUGUAAAGAAACAAAUCCCUAGUCCAGUGCCACUUCCCGCUUCCAUCUUCUAAUGCUUCUUCGUCCAUAGCACAAAAGUUCUAGUCAGCAUUCGAGCUUUGCCGAUAGCGUCUCCGACGAAGCUAAUUCGACGGCGGUUAACGAAUUCCACCACGCGAGCUUUGCCGAUAGCGUCUCCGACGAAGCUGAUUCGACGGGCGGUUAACGAACUCCACCAUACGAGCAUUGCCGAUAGCUUCUCCGACGAAGCUGAUUCGACAGGCGGUUAAUGAACUCUCUGAUAGAACAUUCAUUCCAUGUGAGAGCAGAAGCUAGAAAUUCGAAGCAGCAGAAGACGAAGUAACAUGGAUCGGCUCUCCGAUGUCUUUUUGACUCUGGUGCUCGACGUCGACGACAACCAACAAAGGGACGAUGCUCUGCUUCUUCGUCUCCUCCCCUUCCAAGCCCGAAUCAAAUAAAAAUUCACUCACUACUCGUCUCAGAAAGAAGGUAGCGGAUGAGAUGCAAGAUCAGCAGGAAAUGGAUAGGAUGAUGAUGGAGGUCAAUUCGCUAGGGAAAACAGAUAAGGACAUUGCACAGUGCUUUACUCAGACUCCAUUGCAACCAAAGAUCGUUGAAUCUAUAAAAUCAGCUCAUGCCCUUGGGUGGUACUCUUCACCUCCUUGCCAAAACCAGACCCCUUUAGCGAUGUGGGUGGAGAAUUUGAUUGUUUUAUUUUUGGUGCAAUGUGCAGCUGGGAAGAAGCUUCAUUUUGUUCUGGUCAUUGAUAUACAGCAGGAGCGGCAGAUUCCUAGUACAACCAAGGUGCAAGUGUUCAUCAAUAUCCAUAGAGAAAUGGGAUGGGCACCAUGCUGUGACCAAACAAAUGUGAAGAAGGGGCCAAUGCCACCUGAAGAACAUGCUAAGCAGAAGGAGCAUAUGGGUUAUGCUAGUGAUCUUUUUUAUUUACUCAAGUCGUCUUUAAGAGAAAGCACUGUUGCUGGACAACUGCGCGGUCCUUGAUCGUGCAAUGAUCGAGCACAAUCUUCUAAGUGCAAGCAAACUAUACACUAAUAUAAGCAGGGGAAGCAAAGACACUCAUAUGACUAUGUUCUGAAAAUGAUGGCCUAUUUAGAUUUCUGUUCGAGCAAUUGCUACAGCUCAUGAUGGAUUGAAGGCAAGAGAGUUAACGAAAGAGAGCCCCAUAACAUAGACAUCAUUCUAUCAUAUGAUGUAUUGAAUCAUGGAUAUAGUGUACUGUAUGAUUUGGCUACCCAAUAAUGAUUUUUGUAGAAAAUUUUGCAAGAAAAAGCUUGGUUAUGGAUUUAUCUAUAGUGAGAAGAGUAUUUGCAACCAAGUUAUAGCCACC